GCAACUUUCCAAGAACGACCUAGCCGCCAUAUUGCCGACGAUUACAGAACAUUUUUCUUCGUUCAUUUUAUGUCUCUCUCGUACUCAUGUAAUGCUCCUAUUCGUCCUCCUUUACUACUAAUCCGGCGCAUGCGUAGAACUAGUGACGAAGCCGUCCUCGGUCGUCAUCGGCCUCCCUCGUGAAUCAGUCCAGUUCUACAGCCCGUACGGUGCGGGCCUGCUGUGUUCUAGCAUUUUGUUUUACAUUUCGCCAUAUUUCAGUCGCAAUUUCGUGUCUGGAAGGUUCACAAGCCGUAAUCGUAUCAUUUCAUCAUUCGUUUCCACCGUACGAAUAGCUUGUUACGGGCGGAAUAGAAGCAAAAUCGUUAUCAGUGUGUGCUAGUUGGCCAGCCAUCAUCAUUCAGGGCAACACAGCGCGAGCGCUCCCUCGAAGAGGAGUUUUGGAUUUUGGACUGGGAUUUGUGACAAUUCGGUGACACUGUGACGGUUUCUUCACCAGAAAGGGCACAACGAAUAAACUAUCACUUUAGGAGCAAUCCUGCUGGUGCAAUUAGCACGGUGAGGUGAGGUGGAUCGGAGUUUCGGUACCGCCCCCUCUUUCACCAUGGAGCGGGAAUCAAAUUCGAUGCAGGCCCUUUGCCGCUCCGGCUGCGGAUUUUAUGGAUCACCAGCUACUGAUGGACUUUGCUCAUUAUGCUUUAAGGAGAAUCUAAAGAAGAAACAACAGCUGCCGAACAACACACCCAGCUCACUGAGCUCCUACAGAGACACAUCCACUGCACAGCCCACAAUCAGUCACCUGCCGUCACCCACACAAAAUAUGGGCGAGGAAUGCGGUUCAGCUUCAUCUGCCGCCUCAGCCGCCAUCUCUGCAGCUUGCGCGGCCGCAGCUGCCUCCCCCUCCGCUUCGGCUGCCGAGCUAUGCGCUGCAGCUGCAGCAGCAAUCACCAACCACCAACAGCAGCACCAACAACAGCAGCAACAGCAAGAAACGACGUCUACCGUGGUCGACGUCACGCCCGCAUCGCAAGACAACGCCUCCACAAACUUAUCUUCAGCGUCCUCCACCUGCUCUUCGUCAGAUGACAAGAACGAUGACAGGGAUGCGAAGAAGAAGAAGAACCGAUGCGCGUCCUGUCGCAAGAAGGUCGGACUCACAGGUUUCGAAUGCAGAUGCGGCGGCCUAUACUGCGCAGUGCAUAGGUACAGCGACAAGCACCAAUGCCAGUUCGAUUACAGAGAGCUGGGCGCCCAAGAGAUCCGCAGAAAUAACCCGGUAGUGGUCGGUGAAAAGAUCCAGAAGAUCUGAAGCGGCAACGGUGCAAACAUAGCAGUAGGUGGUGCAGUGCAGUGCAAAUAGAGGACGCUGCUCACAGCUGUGCGCACCUUAUUAUCAUCCCUACCUUCUCUCCCUUCUUAACGCCCCCCCACCAAAUGCGCGUACGCGGUGUAAUCGAAGUUGGCAUCAGGAUUAGAAUAGGUUGGAUUUCUGGAAUGAGUGGGUUUUCAAGGAACGAAUUUGUUUAACUGCAAAUUAGAAGAAGAACUUUGAAAAGUCUUGGUGCAAAUUGAAGAACUAGACACAACAUAUGAAUGCUGUUUUAAGUAAAACCCAAACAAAGAACUAUGGACAAUACAGAAAUUGGCAUCUCAACUGAUGCAAUUUAAAUAUCAUCUGUCACCUAAUACAAAUAUUGUGGAUCGGAUAUAAAAACAAAACCCCGCGAAAUCAAAUCUGUAGACUAAGCGCCAUACCAUCAGUCGUUCCAGCAGUUGAAGGACGCCUUUAUGGCCUCCUUGAUUGCCAUUGUCUUUUCUGUUCCUCAGAUUUCUACUGUUCCGAGUCAGCGUCAGCGCUAUCCUAUUGAGAAAAUAUAACCUCAAAAGAAAGCACUGACACGAAACAGUCGAAAUCUAGAAAUACCACUGCGUUCCUAAAGGACUGGAAAUAUGAAAAUCAAGGAGGCCAUAAAGGCGUCCUACAUUUGUAGGAACGAUACGGCCCUUGACACUUCUUUUUAACCAAAUAGUUCGAAUGUCAGUUUAUGUCAAAGUUCGAUAAUAGCUAAAGCUGGGGUUGCUGAUUGGCAGCAUGAUUCAAAUACAUUUAUAUCCAGUUCAAUGAUAGGAACUUUCAGCAUAAUUUGGAAAUUUCACAUAAGACAUACGUUUUCAAUGACUGUAUUCUUUUAUUCUGAUUUUGCUGGACAUGUGAUAGAAGCGAUUCUACAUGUCCCUCUCCCAGCUGAGUACAGGAAGAAAUGAAUAAUUUUACCCCCUCUUGCUUUUAUUUUCUGUUAUCACUAGCCUCACAUUAAUGAGUGCGAAAUAAUAAAGAUGAGGGUAAAGUAUAAUUUUGUUGGUACCAAACUGUUACUACUUGUAACAGAUAUUUAUCAAAAGUAUGCCAAACAACCCAGCUUUAAACUGGAAUCAAAUAUAUAUGCCGUAAUGUGUCAAUAACUAACCCUAUUUCAGCAUCUUUUCUAUUUUUGGACCUUGAUGUAAAUACAUUUGAAUCAUGAGCUUAUAACGUAAAGAAACGUAAUGAAUCAUUGAGAAAACCAUCACCCCAAUUCUGCGACAAAGUUUGACGGAUAGUUUAUGCUACUGGACAAAACUUCUUUAGUCAUUUUUUGAAGUUCAACCUGCCGACUUUAUAAAAUUCUCAUCCUGAUACCUUCUCUGGACUAGUGUGUAUAUACAAUGCAGCCUUAUUGUUACAAUGAAAUGAUGGGACUGUAUCACUUGCUCACUUGGACAUACUACACACACAUAAAUAAAAGGUAACAUAUACAUAUUAUAUGUGAUGAAAAAAGUGGAGAAUAUGAGUUGUGUGCAUGAGUUUUAUGAAGAGUGGUGAUUGUUGUGUGUGUGUGUGUGUACGUUUGUGCCUCAAAGUGAUAUGCAAUGUUUUUAAAACUGUGUGUUAAGAACUUAGCGUCGAAGAAUCACGUACAUUGAGAUUUUGGCAGAAGCCUAACAUACUGUUCAGGUAGAUUGUGGGUGGUCCAUUAUAUAGGGAUUAAUUUUUCAAACUCUGCCGUCGACAUGGAAACAUGUUGUAUUCCACGCAUUUAUAUAUCCAAAAGACAAUAAACUCAUCUGACAACGUUCAAAUUUGAAUCUCUGUAAGUUUGGAAAUUUUAAUAUGCCUUGUUUAAAAUAAAUUUUCAUACAAUACAAAAAUCACACCAGCAGAGGCAUCUGCAAUCUAUAAUAGAGUUUGAUGGUAUCACUUGACUAUUUUCUUUUAAAGAUUUAUAAGAGAUUUUUGAUCUAAUGGAUCAUUUGCAGUAAGUCUGAAAAGGAGCGCCGUUGAAAGUUCCGCCAAGAACUUAUAUAUUCGUCACCGUUUUUAGCGACAAUUUUCAACGUUUAGCUUUAGAAUCAUGCCUGCGUUUUCAACGAAAAAAUAACUUUUGAUUUUUCAAUACACGCUACAGUUCACAAACACAUGCCACCAAUACACUAUUGCUAUAUUUACUAUACAUACAUAUAUAUUAUUACUACUGUUACUCUUAAGUUUCAUUCUCGUUUUAAAAUAAAAAGCAUCGUAAAAUUGCGUAUUAGGUGAUUAUUAUUAUCAUUAUUGGUUAUUAUUACUACUCUAUUAUGAUUGACUGUUUUUGAUUCUCUUCUGUUUACCCUAUUUUUUCUUUGUUUGAACUUUCUUGGUUGUUAAAAAGAUGCUGAGGAUGAGGGAUGGACAACUCAAUUUUGAAAAUAAUAUCAAACCGGUUUAUAUGUACAAACCACUGCUAAAAGUAAAACGAGCUCUAUAUUUGACAUUUUCGAUAUGUACAUAAAUAUAACAACUAGGAGGCUGGUAAUAAAAAAAUAUUGCUUGUGUAUUAUAUAUAAACUGUUUUUUCUGAAUUAAGCUAUCUAAUUAUCCUAUCUAAAAGUGAUGCGUUACAUUCAAUGGAAAAAUAUAUAUCAUUACAACAACAGUUCUGUAGUAAAUUUUGAGUGCUUUAAAACAUUGGUUUCUAUCUUGGAUUACGCCUUAUCCUGUGUAUAACUCUAAAAAGUUAUAAGGACCAAUCCAGUUAUGAAAAAUAGUCUGUCCCUCGUCUGUUGUGGCAGCAUCGAAUAAUGUUUUCCUAAAAAUACCGAUUAACAGAACUUGUCAUAUUUGAGACUUAGCUGUUGUUUUUUAUCUUUGCCACUCCUAGAUGAUUUCUCACCUCUUCAAUUUUGGUCAAUGGCCGGACGCUUGCAUUAUAUCUGAUUGAAUGCAGGAUGUCCAGUAACCCCUUAGGCGACACUAAGAGAUAAUUUGGAAAACGCCUCAUGUAUUUCUAUGUAGGUAUUUUGCAGAAUGGAUAUUAACAUAGUUUUAGUUUGAAGUAUGAUUUGCAACAGUUUCUACAAAACGAGCAUGUUCUUCUUUUAUGACGACCCAUCAACUUGAAUAUGGUGUAUGCAGCAUAAAACAAAUUUUUAAACAGAAUUAUUACGGGUUAACAAAAGCUAUGUUAUUUCUACAAAAUUUUCCGAACCUCUUAGUGUUGCUACCGUAUUACCUCAUCUCUCGUGAAAGGUAAAUUGCCGCAAUAAUUCUAUCUGAACUGUAUUAAACCUCGUGGUUUGGGAUAGCACAAGAGAAAAGCAUUUUUUAAGUACUACAUUGCAAACAUUUUUUUUAAUUAUUUACGGUUUGUAAUGAUAUUCAUGUUGAGAGUUGUUUUCCGAAUUUAGAAUAUGUAUUUGUAAUUUGUAAUGUUUUCCAAUUCAUCAAAAAAAAAUUCACAAACCAAGAAAAGUGUGUUGAAAUCUGGGUUGUACACCUCAAAUUAUUGUUUUUUCCGCUAUCGACAGUUUUGCAAAUGUCUAGUUUGAUGAUCCGAUCCCAAACUGUGAGGCCACCAGCUGGUGACAGCAUAAACCCUGCAGUACUGUAUAUUAUGUACUUUGAUGACGUAUAUUUUUUUGACGCACGAGUAGCGUGUUGUAGAUAAUUAGGAUCAAUUUUUGCGUUAAUGUUACUCAUUUUGUUGUGUUCUUUGAGGAUAUGCGUUUUUAAUUUAUUCUGUAAAUGCAGUGUUGACAUUUUGGUCACAGCAGGUUAUAUACAGUGAAUAAUUGUUUGAAAUUCUACAAUUACAACCAAUCAUUAUAUAACUGUAAUAAAUAGUUGAAGUAUCAUAUCACAUUUGGUACUUAAUUUGUAUACAGUGUUCAUAACAUAAAAUACUGUAUGCCUUAUAUAAUGAUUGGACUUUGUUUUUUUUUGCAAGACUUUGAAUGAUGCAGUAUCACCACAUCUACAAUCAGUAUUCGUCUUUAAUCACAUUUGUAAAUAGUUACACGUGUCAUAUUCAAGUAGUUAUUUUUUGGGGUGAAUAAUGGACCUUUCAAAAUAGGAAUCUAAUUUUUAUGAUGAUUUAUUAUUCACUUCUCACCUGAUGAUACCUCAAAAUUUUGUACAAAAUCUAAAUAAUUAAUUUUAAAUUGGCAUUUGCAUAGCUAAUCUUACUUCAUUCAGUAUUGAGAUUGUAGUGCUGUAUACUUCCAAACUAUCUCAUCUCAUCUUUGAGUUUGUGCAGAUGGUUCACGAGUGAGACGAGUAAUGAUGUAGUUCUGAUGAGGGAUGGGGUAAUGUAUAUGAUAAUGAAAAACACGUUAUGUUCUUUGAUUAUUCAAUAAUAAUUAUGAUUUUUGAGCUAUUUUACUUUUAUGUGCAAAUCUAUAGUGAAGUGUAAAUUUACUCGGGCUGGAACUUGUAUGUAGACGUUUUAUUCUUUAAAUAAAUGUUAUUAAAGCUAAAA